AAUCAGUUCGCACAUGCGCGUGAGAGAGCGUUGGCGCAUUUUUGUUUAUAAACAUAAACUGUUUUUUUUAUUUAAAAUAAUAAUUUAUUUGCAUAAUAUUUAAUUUUUUUUCAUACUGGUAGUGACAGCUGUCAAUUUACUAUUUUAUUUUAUAUAUUUAUCUAGAAUUAUGUGAAGAAAAAUGUUUACUCAAGAAAGUGAAUUCUAACCUAUUUUUUCAGUUUUAAUGUUUUGCCGUCUAACAAAAUGUAAUAUUAAAAACAAAACUUGAUAGUUAUUCAUAAUAUAAUAAGUAAUCAAUUGCAUCAACGUUUUCAAUAACUUACAGUACUAAAUGUAAAAUAUUAAAAUAUAUGGAAAAUAAGUGAGGUUAAAUAUAGUGUAUUUUACCAGUUAUUGGAGAAUUAAGAAGAUAAUAGUUAAAGAAGUAAAAAUUAAUUAAUUUCUUAAAAAAUAAAAAACAAUGGAGUCUGAUUAUGAAGAAGAUCGUGGUACUUGGGGAGACGAUAUGGGUCGAAGUGAUGAUGUCAGUAUGGAAGAUGCGUUAGAAAAUCCUCGCGAAGUCUUAAAUGAAUGUUUAGAAAAAUUUAAAACACCUGACAAUAUCAUGGAACCAGGAAUAUUUAAUCAGCUAAAAAGGUAUUUUCAAGCCGGUGGAAAUCCUGAACAAGUUAUUAGUUUUUUGUCAAAAAAUUAUACGGCUUGCGCACAAAUGAAUAAUCUUUUGGCUGAAUGGCUAAUUCUUGCCGAAGUUAAAGUCACCGAUGUUCAGGCAAUGAUUGAAAAUAAUUUAAAGGAUAUGGUUUUAAAAACAUUCGAGCCAAAGAAAGCUGAUAAAAUUUUCACCGAAGAAGGAGAGACACCAGCCUGGUUAACGGAAAUGAUUCAACAUCCAACUUGGCGAUCAUUAAUUUAUAAAUUAGCCGAAGAUUAUCCCGAUUGUUUAAUGUUAAAUUUUAUUAUAAAGCUUAUUUCCGAUGCUGGAUUCCAAGGUGAAAUCACAAGUAUUUCAACAGCUGCUCAACAAAUAGAAGUUUUUUCUCGUGUUUUAAAAACCGCGAUUUCUGGAUUUUUGCAAAACACCGAAAAUUGGCAAUCGAGUAUUCAAGAAUGUGCAAAAAUGGUCUGUCACGGUCAACACACUUAUGUUUAUAGUCAAGUGUUGUUGCAAAUAUUAUCACAAGAGCCACGUGGUGGUUUUAUGAUGAAACGACUAUCUCAAGAAAUUACAAAAUGUGCACAACAAAAUCGACAUGAUGUUACACCAAUUACAAUGGCUCUAAAUGGAGCCGCAGCUUUUCCGGCAGCAUCACAAGCUUUAGCAUCAAUGUUGUCUCGUAAUACUCUUAAUCCAGCCGAUAUUUCACUUUUAUUUCGAAAUUAUUCAACAGCUGAUCCUCCUUCAAUUGAAUUAAUUAGAAAUCCACAACUUUUAGAACUUUUAAUUGACGCUCUAUUUAAACCGGGCGUUAAAGUGAAUCAGGAACAUAAGCCAAAAUAUAUUUAUUUACUCGCUUAUGCAGCGAGUGUUUGUGAGACUGCUGCAAAAAAAUCAAAUCCACGUAAAAUAAAUAAAGACGAAUUAAAAACGACAAUUCAAGCUAUUGAAAAAGUACACAAUAUUUGUAAUAAUAAUAAAGGCUCAACGGAAUUAAUUGCUGAAUUAACUACCAUUUAUCAAUGUAUCCGAUAUCCUGUUGUCAGUAUUGGUGUGAUCCGCUGGGUAGAAUAUACAGUAACUGAACCCUCGUAUUUUAAAUUGUGCACAGAACAUUGUCCAAUUCAUCUUGCACUAUUGGACGAAGUUGUAAUUUGUCAUUCACUUUUGCAUCCAAAAAUUCUACAACUUUUGGUCCGUUUAUUCGAGAGCAAACAAGAUGAAUUAGAAAUUCUCGUUCAGUUGGAAAUGAAAAAAAUGCUUCUCGAUCGAAUGGUAAAUUUAUUGAGUCGUGGAUGCGUUGUGCCCGUGGUUUGUUACAUAAAACAAUGUUGGCAACGUGGAGACACUGAUAUUUCUCUAAUUCGAUAUUUUGUCACUGAGGUUUUGGAAGCAAUUGCUCCUCCAUAUUCAACAGAAUUUGUUAAUUUAUUUUUGCCAAUGGUGGAAAAUGAGGAAAUCACAGGAACAAUGAGAGGCGACAACGAAAAUGAUCUUGUCUCUGAAUUCAUUGUUUAUUGCAAAGCACACAGUCCAAUCGUGAGAUGACGAUUGAAGAAUUAAAAUGUAAAUAUGGACAAAUAAACGAAGAAAAGAAAAAGA